CUUGAAUACCACACUGUGUUGUAAAAGCUGAUAAUGGUGGUGGUGAUGGUGGUGUGAAUUAGCUAUGAUACAGUAAGGUUGGCGGUAGAGGUGUGCCUUUGGCCCAAGCUAAAAAAUAAAAAUAAGUACGUUGUGCAGGGCAGGGAAGCUAGCAGCUUCACAUCCACACCCACACCCAUCAGGGCUCACUCACAACAAUCAGGUCAAGACACAAACAGAACAAUGCUAACUCCACAAACCAUUCCCCCCCCCUGCUGCCCCCUCCAACUCCCCCCCUCUUCCACUACAGUACUUAAGGCCUUGCUGCCCCUCCUGUUGACUCCUUUCUUCCUCUCGCUCGACCAACUGUAUCAUCCCCACCUAAAACCUUUAAAGUCCUCAGUUCCCCUCUGCUCUCCCUCUCGCCCCUUAUCCUACUGCUAUCGAUCAACAUCCGAGUCGUCAGCUUUUUUCUCCACUCGAUUCUUUGAUUGUUCAUUGCUGGUCCCCCUCCACCCAGAGUUCCCCCUCGCCAUAAUUGACCCUUUUGUAACAUCGAUACUAUCCAUCACCAAAUCAUUCAGAAUGUGUGGAAUCUUCGGCUACAUCAAUUACCUGGUUGAGAAGGAUCGCAGGUACAUCAUUGAUACAUUGAUCAAUGGUCUUUCUCGUCUUGAGUACCGCGGCUACGAUUCGGCGGGUAUCGCAAUCGAUGGUGACAAGGAGAAUGAGGUUUUCGCAUAUAAAGAAGUGGGAAAGGUCGCAAAGCUCAAGCAACUCAUUGAUGAGGCUAAGCCUGACCCGAACGCUACAUUUGUCUCCCACGCCGGAAUCUCACACACUCGGUGGGCUACUCAUGGACAACCCUCGCGUGUAAACUGCCAUCCCCACAGGAGUGACCCCACAUUCCGAUUCACGGUUGUUCACAAUGGUAUCAUCACAAAUUACAAGGAGCUCAAGGCUCUCUUGGAGAGUAAGGGUGAAGUAUUCGAGACCGAGACCGACACAGAAUGUAUCGCAAAGCUUGCGAAAUAUAUUUAUGAUCAAAACCCAGCUAUCGAUUUCACCACCCUUACCAAGUCGGUCAUUGCCGAGCUUGAGGGAGCCUUCGGUCUGCUCUUGAAGUCAGUCCAUUAUCCUCAUGAGGUUAUGGCUGCUCGUAAGGGCUCUCCUUUGGUCAUUGAUGAUGGUACGCCAGUUCCUGCGGAAUUCUUCUUGAGCUCGGAUCCGUCAGCGAUCGUCGAGCACACCAAGAAGGUUCUUUACCUUGAGGAUGAUGAUAUUGCUCACAUUCACGAGGGUCAAUUGAACAUUCACCGGGCUGGAAAAUCUGGUGGCGCCUCUGCUAUCCGCUCAAUCCAGACACUCGAGUUGGAGUUGCAGGAGAUCAUGAAGGGCAAGUUUGAUCAUUUCAUGCAGAAGGAAAUUUUCGAGCAGCCCGAGUCCGUUGUCAACACCAUGCGUGGCCGUUUAGAUGCCACGAACAAGAAAGUUACUCUUGGUGGCCUGAGACAAUAUCUUAGCACCAUUCGCCGUUGCAGGAGAAUAAUUUUCAUUGCAUGUGGCACAUCGUAUCAUUCGUGCAUGGCUGUUAGGGGUAUUUUUGAGGAAUUGACCGAGAUCCCAAUUGCCGUUGAGCUUGCUUCCGACUUUUUGGAUAGACAAGCACCAGUUUUCCGUGACGAUACUUGUGUCUUCGUUUCGCAAUCUGGAGAGACCGCGGAUUCCCUGAUGGCACUUAAGUACUGCUUGGAGCGUGGAGCACUUACUGUUGGUAUCGUCAAUGUUGUCGGAUCUUCAAUCUCCCUUCUCACCCACUGUGGUGUCCACAUCAAUGCUGGUCCCGAAAUCGGUGUUGCUUCCACCAAGGCCUAUACUUCACAAUUUGUUGCUUUAGUCAUGUUUGCGUUGUCAUUGAGUGAGGAUCGUGCAUCUAAGGCUAAGCGACGAGAAGACAUUAUGGACGGUUUGACCCGCAUUUCAGACCAGUUUAAGCAGAUCUUGCAGCAAGACCAGGCCAUCAAAGCGAUGUGCUCAAAAUUCUUCCACAAUCAGAAGUCAUUACUCUUGCUCGGCAGAGGAAACCAGUUCGCCACUGCCCUCGAGGGUGCUCUCAAGAUCAAGGAAAUUUCAUACCUCCACUGCGAGGCUGUCAUGUCCGGAGAAUUAAAGCAUGGUGUGUUGGCAUUGGUUGAUGAGAACCUCCCUAUCAUCAUGAUUUUGACGAGGGAUGAGAUCUUCAAGAAAUCUCUAAAUGCUUACCAACAAGUUGUUGCUCGUGGUGGUCGUCCGAUCGUUAUUUGCAACGAAGCCGACGAGGAGUUCAAGAACGAGAAGUGCGAGAAGAUUGAGAUGCCCACGACCAUUGAUUGUCUGCAGGGACUUCUCAAUGUCAUCCCCCUCCAGCUCAUCGCUUACUGGCUCGCCAUUGCCGAGAACCUGAACGUUGACUUCCCUCGAAAUUUGGCCAAAUCGGUCACUGUUGAGUAAAGAUCUUGCAACGGGCGCCCCAUUGUUGUUGCCGGCGAUGUUGGAUAUCCAGUUUUUUGUUCGGGAACCUAGGCCUUUGCGUUUUUUUACUAAUGUUUUACGAACGGUCAGAUUGGUCAGAUGAGCAGUCAGUAUAGACUUGAAAUGAAAAAAAGAGGGGGGAAUCUCAGCGUUGAUAUGAGAUCCAUUUUCAAAAGAAACAAAAAAAA